AUGAAACUGAAUAUUGAUCUAUUUUCUCCAGAAUCAAAUGUUGAUCAAUGGACCUGGCUGUUAGAACAAUGGCGCGAUAUGUUAAGAACCAUGCCUAUGGUAUUUACACAAGCUGGCGCUUUCAGUCGUCUUGUUCGUACAACUAUUGGUAUUGGCCUUAUGCAUCUUGGUAAAUGUGCUGAAACAAUGGGCACAACUGGUUGUUUACCGAUGAAUGCCGAAUUGAUGAAUGAACAUCUAUUUUAUGCUCUUCAAACAGGCUUUUAUUUCGGUGUCGCCUAUGCCGUAGUUGACUGUCUGCAAGAUGAAAUCCAUAAUCUGGAUAAUAUACCAUUACAUCAUUUUCUCACCUUUGAUAAUGACAAAAAUCACCAACUGACGCCGACCAAAACAAUUGAUAGGUGGCUUCAUAUAAUGGAGCAAUUAUUAAGUGGUACAGAUUUUGAUCGAAGUCAACUACCUAAGACUCCAUUCACAUCAAUGCUUAUUGAGUCUUUCGAUAAUCUUUUGAUAUUGACAGAAUCAAAUGAUACAAUGCGGGGAUCUUUCAACGAACUGGCUCUUCUCCUGCGUUCACAGCGGAUGGACAAAAAGGAAAUGGAUGAAUAUUAUGACGACGAGCAACUUUAUCUAGGAUCUGUUCUCAAGUCGCAUUUUACUUAUACAUGCACAACUCACCUUGGUGACAUGAGCACAGCACGUGAAGAAAGUGAGCGUCUGUGGGUCAUGCCAUUUUUGGGACAACUGACAGACGAUUGUCGAGAUUUUAAUGAUGAUAUUAAAUCGAAAUCAGUCACUCCUUUUACAUAUUAUGCAUCAUUAAUGAAAUGUAAAGAACCGGUGGCUAAUCAUUUACUCAAUCCAUUCUAUACAUUUCUGAAUAUUUGCUCGGAUAUAUAUCUAUCAAGCAAUCGUGAUAGUCAAACAGGCGCGUUUCUAGGUCGUCGUAUUGCUCGUACAUUACGUUCAGUUGACGUGACUGGUGAUGAAACAUCAUAUCUUCAAUUUCUUAAUAUAUUUUGUAUGAACAACAGAGUCUUGCAUGAUUAUUGUUGGAAUAAACUACGUAAACAAUUUCCUAUUGUUACUGAUCCUGAGAAAUCCUUCUUCCGAGCAUUAGAUACUUCGAGUAUUAAAUAUGCGCGAACAAAUCGAAAAUUAGAAACAUAUGUAUGUGAAAAUUUAAUGAAAAUUGAGGAUGCAUUAAAUAUUCGUUCAUUACAUUCUCAAGAUGAGACUAUUUUCGAAGAAGAAGUGUUAAUUUCAGCAAUGAAUUAUAGUGUUAAAGUUGGUGGUAAACGUUUAAGACCAUUACUAAUGUUAAUGGUUGCUGAUUUGUAUGAAAUCGAAUUAACUCGAAUAUUACCUUUGACUUGUGGCAUUGAAUAUUUGCAUACAUCAUCAUUAAUUUUUGAUGAUCUUCCUGCACAAGAUAAUAGCGAUUUACGACGUGGUCAGCCAUCUCUUCAUAAAACAAUAAUUAAUGAUGAUAUACCACAUAAUUUAUGUGAAGGUCGAGCGCAACUGGCUGCUGUUGAUCUCAUCGCAAUCAGUAUGGGUUUAAUUAAUCAUGGUCUUAUCAAAAAUGGAUUCUUACCUGAAUGUGUCAAUCGAGUUGUUGGUGAAAUUUCUUUGUUGAUGCAUGAUCUUUGCAUAGGACAAAUGAUGGAUUUACGUGCAGCACGUGUCGGUAUUGGACAAGACAAUAGAGAACUUGAUAAACUUGAUCGAAUUGCUUGGUUCAAGACGGGUAAGACAAUCGAAGUAGUAAUGAUCACACCAGUUAUUCUUGUCCAACUACCAUCAGACAAACACACUAUUGAGUUGUCACGUAUUCGAGAAUUGAGUCGUCUCAUGGGUAUUUUAUUUCAAAUGCGUGAUGAUUUGUUAGAUGUUGAAGGAGGCGAUGCUAUUGGAAAGCCAACAGCACUCGAUGUUAAAAAUAAUACCGUUACAUAUGUGUCACUGCUUGGUGUCGAUGGUACUCGGCAACGUCUUCAGCAACUUUUAGCUGAAGCAUUACAACUGGUAGACGAUUGUUGGCCGACAGGUUCAGAAACAGUUAAAGAUGUUAUUAAAUAUAUUGUUAAUCGAAAAAAAUGA